UUUCAGAGUAUAUUUUAAAAAAUGUUGCUACUGAGAUAUUCGGCAUUUGUUUUGACUAGUUUGUAUGUAAACAAAACGUUUCUUGAGUCUUGAUUGCUAGUCCGUAGAUCAAACCAAAUAUGGUUCGUAGUCGGAGUCGGUCUAGGAGCCCUAGCGGCUCUGAGAAGGACAGAAAACCAAGGGAAAAAGAGAAGAAACCGGCCCGUCGUAAAUCAUCGUCCAGUGAUAGCAGUUCAAGUAGAAGCUCAUCCAGAAGUUCUUCAGGUUCCUCAGGAAGUUCAGAAAGUUCUUCAAGCACCAGUAGAUCUUCCUCCUCAUCUUCCUCCUCUUCUUCAUCUUCAACUUCAAGAUCAAGAUCAAGGGAUAAGGAUGCUAAGCAAAAGGAGAGGGAAAAGGAGAAGGAGAAGAAAGAUGAAUCUAGGUCAACAGCUAAGACCCAGAAAGAGAGGAGUCGCAGUCCAAGUGCUAAUCGUGAGAAAAAAGCUAAAGCUAAGAAGCCACCUUCAAAGUCACGUUCAAGAGACACCAUGACCAACUGGUCCUUGGAUCCAGCUCGUCAGGAUUAUCAGUCGAACUCUAAUGCAUCUCACCCGCGGAGACGCCCAUCAAGGUGGGUGGUAGUUUAUGAAGUUAUGCUUUGACCAGUUCUUUUGAGG